AUGACCAGUCACAUAAGUGCAGAUUUCCAGAAAGGAACAUAUUUCACUGAUCAAAACUCAAUUACCUCUAGUGAGGAAGGGGAAGAGGAAAAUGUACGAAAAAAAGAAAGAUACGGCGAAAUUUACACAUAUGAAGACUGCUACGUGCUUGUUCGCAGGCAUAAGGCUUUUACAUGUCUAUCAGAAGAAGAUAUCGCAGAACUUCGUUACAUGAUUAAGUUAGACAACGAGUAUCUCAAUCGCUUCUUUGGAGUUUCGCUGAAUCGUCUUGAGAUUCUAGCUAUUUGGAAACAUUGCGAAAGAAACAGCAUAGACGAGCUGAUAUCGAACUCUGUUGUAGCUCUGGACUCUUUUUUUAUGAUCUGCAUAAUUAAAGAUAUUGCAAAGGGGAUUGCUUUCUUACACAAUUCGGAUUUGAAGUUUCAUGGUCGAUUAAUGUCGAAAAAUUGCUUAGUGACUGCCACUUACCAGGUGAAGCUUAGCGAUUUUGGCCUCACAAGGCUAAGAGCAAACGAAAAGUAUAGUAGAAAAGAACUAUUGUAUAUGGCUCCUGAAGUUUUGAGAGCAAAUCAAUUUGUCGGGUCUCAGUCUGGUGACAUUUAUAGCUUUGCUAUAGUGGCAACUGAAAUACUGACUAGAAAACCUGCUUGGGAUCUGGAAAAUAGAGAAGAAACGGCUGAAGAAUUACUUUACAUGAUCAAACGCUCUUAUGAGCCGUGCGUGAGGCCUGAGUUGAAAGUGGAUCCAGAGCUGAAUGUAAACCUGGGACUGUUGUGCUUGAUACGCGAUUGUUGGGCGGAUAAUCCACGGUCGAGACCUAAUACUGCAAAACUGCUCACUCUGCUUAAAGCAAUGUCUGAUUGCUUGCUUGAUCACCUUUCUUUGGUUCUCGAAAAACAAGCCAAAAACCUUGAACUUGAGGUAGAAAAACGAACGUGUUUAUUAGCUCAAGAGAAAAUAAAAACAGAUGAAGUUUUAAGAAGACUUCUGCCUCCAAGAAUAGCUGCGAGCUUGAAAAAUGGCGAACAUAUCGAACCAGAAUUUUAUGAAAGUGCCACACUAAUGUUGUCAGACCUUGUAUCAUUUACAAAAAUAGCGAGUCGCUGUACACCGCUACAGGUGGUGACCCUUUUGGAUGGUCUUUAUGCUGCACUUGACGCAGUUAUAAAAAAAUACGAUAUCUACAAGGUAGAAACUAUUGGAGAUGGGUACUUUUGCGUAUCUGGAUUACCAAAUCGAAACGGUAAUAAGCAUGCUCAUGAGAUUGCAAAAAUGGCCCUUGAAGCUGUAAAAUGUUACCAGAUGAUGAAAGUGAACGAGCUACCAGAGUUCAAAAUAGCAGCUCGAAUUGGAAUACAUACAGGACCAUGUAUCGCAGGUGUCGUUGGGAUAACAAAUCCUAGGUACUGUAUUUUUGGAGAGAGCGUUACGAUUGCUGCGAUGAUGGAAAGCAGCGGAAAAGGUGGAAUUUUUUUGCAGACUGUCUUUAUUUUAAGGAAAAAGAAAACUAAAAACAUUCUAAAAAUUUUUUAA